AUGUCCAAAAGCGAAUCCAGUGUGAGCUAUAAUAAUAAAAAAAAAUUAGAAGUGUACGGAUACUUGUCGAAAAAUGUGAAGUGGGAGAUUCAAGAGGAUCGACGUGAAUUUCUUUAUCUACUCGAUACCGUCGUCAAAAAUUGGAAAGGUCAACUUCCAAAUCUUCCAGACUUCUUCCAAAAAGAAGUGAUUUAUUGGCUUUUGAUAGAGUCCGUCACAGACACAGACGAAGACGACAUCGAGACACCGGGGAAACGAUUCAUAGAUUUUGUGGCUCGCAGCGGCUACAAAGACGACCCCUACGCAGAUAAAGACGGCGAGCCACUGUUGCGUCGCACCACGCCGGUGCAUCAUGCGGCUAAGCAGGGUACCAAUUACGCCAUAAUCUCUGAUCUCUUUAAAAUCUACGACAAACUCGACGUAAAUUACAUGGACGAAGAUGGAUUAACGCAUUUUCAAGUAGCCUGCUUGUAUGGUCUCGACACCGUCGUCGAAAAAUUCCUCGAACUCGGGCAAGAUCCCAACGGCCUCUCUCGAGACACGGCAGCGAGAUACGCUCACCCGCCGCUUUACUUGGCUCUAGACAACGGCCAUGGGACGGUAGCCGAAUCGCUGCUGAGAAGAGGCGCCGAUCUGUCGAGAGCCAGUGCGGAAGGAUCGACUCCCGUGCACUUGGUUUGCAACAACAAUUACGACGAUGCCUUCCUCGAGCUAUUUUUCGAGAUCUGCGAGGAGAAACAUCUGACGCUGCAGGUCAACACCGUACACCCCGAUGGUUAUUUACCGUUGGAUUAUGCUCUGAUGUUCAGAAACAAGAAACUGAUGGAAUUGCUGUUGAGACACGGCGCGAAUCCGAAUUUGUGCAACAAAUACGGACAAACUGCGGUGCACUUCGUAUGCGACAACGACGACAAGUACGACGGCGAGUAUAAGUUCUUUGAGAAAUUUUUCGCCAUCAACGACGAACUCGGUAACACGAUCCAGGUCAAUGUUAAAAACGUACAGGGCGACACACCAUUGAUCUUGGCUAUGAAGAGUGGCAUGAUAAAUGCAGUCGAACAGUUGCUGAGAAGGGGUGCCGACCCUAACUUGUCCGAUCGUGACGGAUUUACCCCUCUGCACUUCGUUUCUACGUAUGACAUGGCGGAGACAUUCUUCAAAAUCAACAAAGAGUUAGAUCAGACGUUGCAGAUCAACGUCCGGAACAAUUGGAUCGAAACACCGUUGCAUCGGGUAUUGUACAGAAAGCUCAAUAAAAGUGUGGCCGAACUGCUGCUGAGGUGGGGCGCCGAUCCUCAUCUAGUCAACGACGACGGAGAGACUUGUUUGCAUAUUAUUUGCAGGAGCGACUGGAACGAAGAAAACAUGGCGAAGAUGUUAUUUGAGGUCUGCGACGAGAAACAUCUGACGGUCCAGGUCGAUGUUCGGGACAACGAGGGUCAGACUGCGCUGCACGCGGCAAUACACAAAGGCAGCGUAAACUUGGUAGAAAUGCUGCUAAGAAGAGGCGCCGAUCCUAAUAUUGCUGACGAGAAAGGAUCGACUCCUUUGCACUAUGGUUGCAUGAGAGACGUCGAUGACGAUAACUUGGUGAAACGAUUUUUCGAGAUCGGUGAACAAUUCGAUAAACCGGUCCAGGUCGACGCUCGGGACAAGGAUGGUAAGGCACCGUUGCACGUGGCGAUACACAAAGGCAACGCAAACUUGGUCGAAUUUUUGCUAAGAAGAGGCGCUCAUCCGAAUUCAGCCGAUAAUAAGAAAGUUACUCCUUUGCACGCAAUAUGCGAGAGAAAAAACGGCGACGAUGGCUUGGCGAGGAGAUUUUUCGAGAUCAACGACGAAUUGAAUCAGCCGGUGGAGGUCGACGCCAAGAACGACGAGGGAUCGACGCCGCUACACUUGGCUCUGUCCCACGGAUGCAAGAAACUGAACGAACUGCUGUUGAGAAGACAGGCCGAUCCAAAUUCGGCCGCCGAGAACGGAUUCACUCCUCUGCACGUCAUAUGUCAGAGAGAAGACGACGACGUUGACUUGGUGCAGAGAUUUUUCGACAUCAACGACGAGCUCGAUCGGACGGUGCAGCUAGAUGCCCGAGACAGCGAGGAGAACACACCGUUGCACUUGGCUUUGGAUUGCGGUCACGAGCAAAUAGCCGAAUGGCUGCUGAGAAGAGGAGCGAGUCCAAAUUUAGCCAACGCGCAAGGAUCGACACCGCUGCACUCGAUCAGCGCGGGAAAGAAGGACUACGCCGACUUGUUGAGGACGUUUUUCGAGAUCAGCGACGAGCAGAAUCGAGCGGUCGAGGUCGACGCCAGAAACAAGCGGGGUGAAACGCCGCUGCACGGCGCUAUAAGACACGGACACAAGAAGGUGUUUGAAUUACUGCUCAGAAAAGACGCCGAUCCGAAUCUGGCCGAUAAGCUUGGAUGGACAGCUCUGCACACGAUUUGCAUGGCCGACGUCGAUAACGGCUGGGCGAAGAUGUUGUUUGAAAUCAGCGAGGAAAAUAAUCGAGAGGUGCAGAUCGAUGUUCAGUGCAAGCACAACUUCACGCCACUACACCUUGCACUGAUGAAAGGGCGGAAGCUCAGGGCGGUGGCGGAAUUGCUGCUGAGAAAGGGCGCCGCUACGAAUUUAGUCGAUUGGAAGAGGUCGACUCCUCUGCACACUGUUUGCAAGUCCGCCGAUGACGAGGACCUCGUGAGGAUGUUGAUCGAGAUCGGCAACGAAGAAAAUAAUCCGGUCGACAUCGACGCCCGGGAUAUCUCAGGCCGGACGCCGCUACACUUGGCCCUGGCCGAAAGACACUGUAGGGUGGUCGAGUAUCUGCUGAAAUUAGGCGCCGACCCCGACUUGCCAGACGAGGACGACUUCUCACCGUUGCACGUUAUCAGCAAGGAUCUUUACGACGACGCUGAAUUGCUCGAGCUGUUUUUCGACGCCAGCAAAGAGGCCGAUCGGACGGUGCAAAUCGAUGUCCAAGACAAGAAGGGACGAACGCCUUUACAAUGGGCCGUGGCGGAUUUUUCCCUGGAUAAGGUCGAUGUAUUCCUGGAUCGGGGCGCUGAUCUGUCCAGCUUCGUUUUUCCCAGUAAGGGCCAUCUCAUCGAGAGAUUUCGAUGGGUACGUGCGAUAGAAUUAUCGCUGGCGUCGAAAAUUGUGGCCGUCGUUGAGCGUCUCGAGAAAAGAGGAUACGAAUUUGACCGCAGCGACGCCCUGAAUAUCAUGAAUUUGUUCGCCGAGAACGGAUUGUUCGAGAAGUCAGUGGAUCUCGACGAAUAUUGGUACGACGACGAAGAAUUUGUGAGCAAAUCGAAAGAGAUAAUGGUGAUUCCUAGUCUGUCGCUUCACGACCUUAUUCGAUUGAGACCGGAAGAGGCGGCGAAACAACUGGAACACGAGAAUUAUAUCGAGUUGGCGCGUUCGGACAAAUUGUCGGACCUUUCCGAAGGCCACAGGGAGCUUUGCGUUCGGCAUCUCUGCGAAAAACUGUCGAGAGGAUUUUUCUGGCCAUGGGCACUAGAUGCGUUGUAUGAACUGCAAAGCUGCCAGUUACCGGUUCUCUGCUGUGAAAUAAUCAUUGCGGAGCUAAAGAACGAGGAUUUAUAUAAUAUUUGCUUGGCAUGCAUACUUGCAUAG